ACUCGUUUUCCUCACGGACACCAACAGGGAUUGAGCACAGCGACUAACGUCCGCUGUUAUAAUCCCUCCAGAGCCGGGUCGUCGUUCAGUAGCAUGAAAAACAUGUUAACCAUUAUCUCUAAUGCACUUUGUAGGAUGACUGGGCGAAAUGUGGGAGCCCAAACAGUGUCCGAGUUGCUGGUCGACCUGUCAGAGUACGUCAGUGUAACCUCGCCGCCGCUGGCCCCCGCCAUGGCUCAGACCCAGAGGCAGCCGCCCAAACCUCCACCUGUCAGAACUAUAGCGCCGGCCGAGCAGUUAGUUAAAAACCAGGCCAAGACAGACAGACCAGGUGCCAGAGUGGUGGUGUCUCGCUCCUUCGCUGACUUCACCUCUCAGGCCACCUUUGACAUCAAGAAAUGCGAGCUGCACCGGUUGGAGGAGGGCCCCCCUCUGAAGGCAGAACUAACGCGGGAGCAGGGCUUGCACUAUUACCGCGUCAUGCAGACGGUGAGGCGCAUGGAGCUGAAAGCUGACCAGCUGUACAAACAGAAGAUCAUCCGAGGCUUCUGCCACCUGUACGACGGACAGGAAGCAUGUGCGGUAGGCAUAGAGUCGGGCAUCAACCCCUCGGAUCACCUGAUCACUGCGUACCGCGCUCACGGCUACACCUACACCCGCGGGAUCGCCGUCAAAGAGAUCCUUGCUGAGCUCACAGGUCGCAGAGGCGGCGUGGCCAAAGGGAAGGGAGGCUCCAUGCACAUGUACGCUCCAAAUUUCUAUGGAGGAAAUGGCAUUGUGGGAGCCCAGGUUCCUUUAGGAGCUGGCAUUGCUCUGGCCUGCCAGUACCAGGGCAACAACCAGGUGUGUGUCUCUCUGUAUGGAGACGGGGCAGCCAACCAGGGCCAGCUGUAUGAGUCUUUCAACAUGGCCGCCCUCUGGAAGCUGCCGUGCAUCUUCAUCUGUGAGAACAAUAAAUAUGAUGGGACGUCAGUGGAGAGAGCGUCAGCGAGCACAGAGUACUACAAGAGAGGAGACUACAUCCCGGGAAUCAGAGUGGAUGGGAUGGACGUCUUGUGUGUCAGAGAGGCCACCAAGUUUGCGGCAGACCACUGCAGAGCUGGAAAGGGUCCAAUUAUAAUGGAGCUGCAGACCUACCGUUACCACGGACACAGCAUGAGUGAUCCCGGUGUCAGCUACCGCACCCGUGACGAGAUUCAGGAAGUGCGCAGUAAGAGUGACCCCAUCACCAUGCUGAAGGAGCGCAUGCUCAGCAACAACAUGGCCUCUGUGGAGGAGUUCAAGGAAAUUGACAUUUCGAUCCGUAAAGAGGUGGAGGAAGCAGCUCUGUAUGCCACCUCAGACCCCGAGCCGCCUCUGGAGGAGCUCUGCAACCACAUCUUCAGCAACGACUCCCCGAUGGAGGUCCGCGGGACAAACCCCUGGGUCGCACUCAAGUCUGUCAGCUAGACUCAAACGCUCCAAAUAUUCACACACCAACAUUUUAACCUGUCACCCACUACUACCCGUAAACUGCACCCUCAUGCUGAAAACAAACAUUCAACACCUUCCUCUAUUUAGAUCAUUCCGCACCUUAACGGGACUUUGACCCAAAACCAGUGUUAUUUAUUUCUAGGUUUAUAUAGAAAGAUUUAUUGUUUGUCUGAACAGCCUGUUUGUGUUGUGCGUUAUUUACAUGUGUUAAAUAUUUCAGGAUUGCACAAUAUACGCACAAAACGUAGUUUUCUCUUUCCACCCCCAGCCACCUUUUUAUUAGCAUUUUGGUCAAUGUUCAGGAAACUGGGAUUCUGCAUUACUGAACGCCAAGCCGCAACUUUGAGAGAAUGAUCAUGAAUAUUUUAGUUUUUGUUUAUUGAAUCAAUCCAUGUUCUUUUGACUUUUAGUUGAAGGCAUGUAGAAGCGAAUGCAGAAAAGAAUUCAGUAUGAUUUGUUUUGGCAAGCUGAAAAACACUACAGGGCAAGAUAUUAUUCAUUGCAGCUUGAGCUACAAAAUAUAUAGAAGUAAAUAUUACUAUUGCAGUAAAGUUCUGUAAUGUGGCUCUCUGCUAAUCUUAUCACUUUAAUCUUUUACUACUUUAAAGUACAUUUUGAAGUUACAAAUGACUUUUACUUAAGUAGAUUUGUGAAUGCAGCACUUUAAUUUCUACACUGGUAUUAAUACUUUUACUCAAGUAAAAUAUCCGAUUACUUUUUCACCUUUUGCUUAUUAUAUUUGUGUAUGUAUUUAUGUUGCAGGAAUUUACCUUAUGAGGAUUUCUGAACGCUAACAUGACUGUUGAUCAGUGCAUUUAGGCCCUACAUUUUAUAAAGGUUUUGUCCACAGGGACCAGCAAAUCCCAACGUACCAGCCACUUCACUGGAGAACUUUCCAAAACAUCUUUACAUACCUGACCUGAAAGUAGACAUAUAUUAUACAAAAUGUAUUUUAGUCUGUGGGUAAAGGAGAAAGCUUGAAGAGAAUGUUCUCUGUAGGAAGAUGGAUGCACUGCAAUAUAUUAUUUUACAGUCUUUAGUUAGGAGAAUUAUGUGACUGCUACUUGUAAAGAUGCACUUAAAAUAUAUUAUUGUUUAUUCUUGAUCAUGGGAAAUCAUCUGAAAGGGAGAAAAACGGCUAUUUACCAGGAUUUUCUGUUUCAUAUACCUCUGUUCUUUAUUAGAACUUUUACUGUUACCCAACCUGUACAGAUAAGAAGCUUUACUCUAACUGUGUGUUGAACUGAAAGACUGUUUGACUGUAGAAUAAAUGCAAAAAGAAAGUAUGACUAUAAACGUUA